ACUAACAAUUACAUGGGGAACUUUGCAGCGGAGGAACAUUGCUGCCCUGGAGGCGGAGAUUCGGUGCUGGAAGGGGAAGGCUGUGGAGGAGGAGGAGGAGGAGGAGGAGGAGCAGCAGCAGCAGCAGCAGCAGGAGGCGUAGCAGGGGAGGGAGGAGGAGGAGGAGGAGGAGGAGGAGGAGGAGGAGGAGGAGGAGGAGGAGGAGGAGGAGGAGGAGGAGGAGGAGGAGGAGGAGGAGGAGGAGGAGGAGGAGGGGGAAGGAGAGGAGGGGGAGGAGAGGAGGGGGAGGAGAGGAGGGGGAGGAGGAGGGGGGAGGAGAGGAGGGGGAGGAGGAGGAGGGGAAGGAGAGGAGGGGGGAGGAGAGGAGGGGGAGGAGGAGGAGGAGGUAGAGAAGGGCGAGGUGCAGCGAGAUGCUGUCCUAUAUGACUAUGACAAUGAUGAGGAUUAU